AUCCAACAACAUAGGUAAAAAGUCAUGUCGCAUGCUAGAAGAAUUAAACAUAUUUCCAUAUCCGUACCUAUAAUGUAUGGAAAUCACGCAGUUAGGUUGACUGACGACAUGCGUAAACCAACUACUCCACCUGACCAUACUCAUGAAUGGACAGUGUUCUUCAAACCCGUGCUUAAUGAUAUUGAUUUAACUCCACUUAUCAAGAAGGUUACAUUCAAACUUCACGAAACUUAUGAGAAUCCAGUCAGAUCGAUUGAACAUCCGCCUUAUCAAGUUACAGAAACUGGAUGGGGUGAAUUUGAAAUUAUUAUUAAAUUGCAUUUCAAUUCCAAUGUUGAAUUUGGUAUAAAUGAAAAGAACUUUCAAAUCUUCCAUGCGUUGAAGUUGCAUCCUUUUAACCCACAAGUACCAGUAAAACCGGAUGGAGAAGUUAAUCUGGUGUUAUAUGACGAGUUGGUGUUUAAUGAGCCUACAGAUCGUGUGUUUGAAAUUUUGACUAGAAAACCGGUGAAUUUGUUACCAUAUGAAUUGUCCAAUCCGGACAAAAGAGAUCAAGAAUAUAUACGACUCGACGAAAUUGAUGAAGUCAACCGUUUGGAGGUUUAUAUCAAUAAAGUUAAAGACGAAAUUGAAAAUCAACGUGAUCAAUACAAGGAUUUAGAACAGCAAAAAUUGGCUUUAUUGCAAUAAGUUCGUUAAAAGAAAUUUAUAUACUCCUCAAUUAUUGAAGGAAGGUCGUUUAACUCGAUUCCAAAGUUUAAAUGCUGAGAUACGCCAACCCCCAUACCAGCAUAGGGCUUCUUGUUGGCUCGGCUUAUGCUUCGCUGGAAUUUAUUUUGAGGAUUGGUAAUUAAUGGCAAUUUACAAUGGACUUUAUCGUCAUAAACCACAUAUAAAUAGUCCAAGGGGUAAGUGCCUCCACCAACAGGAUCCAUGAUUUGAAAAUGGUUAGCUAAAAUGUGACAUUGCUGGUUACUGCAAUGAUUAGGUUCAUUAGCAGUAAUAAACAUUACGCUAAUAUUUUCCGGAAACUUUUCUUGUAUUGUUUCAAUAAACUCUUUUCCUUGAACACCAAGGAAAAAUAUAAACUUCAAUGCGGGGUCGGGAGAUUGGAAUACGUCAUCAAUCAUCAUGCUAUCUGGGCGUUCGAUACACUGUAGCAUUUCUAAGGUGGAUGUUGGGAUGACUUCAGCUUCAGAUUCGGGAAUGUACCGAGGAGGAGGCUUCAAUGUCUGCUGUUGCUGUUGUUGUCGUUUAGUUUCCAGUCUUUGGAGUGAAAAUUUUGGGGAUGGUUCAAUGAAACCGGGAUAAGUCUGACCAGCAGAUCCAGGGGAGAUGAUUACGGUAUUAUCAUCGUAGAAUUGACGUUUCAUAGUGUUGAUUUGUAAGUAAUAGUUAAUCUGAAUAAAUAAAAUAUAAAACCAGCGAACGAAAUAAAUGAAUAAAAUGUACAAUGGGGGUAAUAUAUAAAUACUUUCUCCCCAAUAGGACGGAUAUUUAGAUACCCGAAAUGAUCAUGUAUAAAGUACGGGGAACUACCCGAAAUCGU